CGUUCAAUUUGAAGUCGUAUAUUGUGGAAUAUCUCACUUAAUUUACACCUUUUAACAAACUAUUUUCAAUUGUUACGACUAGGAAUCAUGGAGAUGGAUGAAAGGUUUUCACACAUCGCAAAAGAUCCUCGUUUUAGGAAAAUACCAAACAAAAAGAGGAAAGUAAAAAUUGAUUCCAGGUUUCAGCAGAUGUUCAGCGAUAAAAAUUUUAAUACAAAAUAUUUUGUUGACAAACGAGGCCGUAAAGUGCAGGACAGUGCAAAAGAAGAUCUUUCAAAUUUUUAUGAAUUGUCUGAUGAGAACGAUGGCGCGAUUAAAGAAACAGAGGAUGAUGCCGAAAUUAGGGAAAAUAAUUGUUCCGAAAAUGAGGAAAAGCGAUUAAAGGGAAAAACAAAGAAAAAGAAGGCCAAGAAGGAAAAUUCAACGUCAGAUGAUAAGCGGAAGAGAAGAAGGAAAGUGGUGGAAGAUGAAGUGGAAGGGGAAUUCUUAGAUACAGAGGAAGAUUUAGUGCGUGAAAAUGUUGAGAUAAAUAAUGGUGAAUCUGAGGCUGGUACAUGGCUGGAAUUUGAUGCCGACGCACCAACGACUGAGGACUCGACCAGUAGACUCGCCAUCUGUAACAUGGACUGGGAUAAAAUCACGGCGGAAGAUUUGUACGUGCUUCUGCAUUCGUUUGUGCCGUCGGGUGGAAACAUAGACUCGGUCAAAAUCUAUCCAUCAGAUUUUGGAUUGGAGAGAAUGGAGAGAGAGGACGAGACUGGACCGACGGAACUUGUUGCCGCUGAACUGAACACUGCUGACGCAAACAACCAGGAUGAGGAAUACAGUACGGAAAAGUUGCGGGAGUAUCAGUUGAAUCGGUUGAAAUAUUACUAUGGUGUUGUCGAGUGUGAUUCGCCAGCAACGGCUGAGAAGAUCUACGAAGAAUGCGAUGGAAUGGAGUACGAAGCAAGUUCCUCUCGAGUUGAUCUCAGAUUCAUUCCUGAAGACAUGACGUUCGACCGUGAACCAACUUCGCAGGCGACCGAAAUGCCUUCUGCCGAGAGUUAUAAACCAUCCGAAUUCAUAACGACAGCCUUGCAGCAGUCCUCGGUUCGUCUGACGUGGGACGAGACCGAUCCUCACCGUGUUCAAACGACGAUGAGAAACUUCAGCAAAGACGAUAUUUUAGACAUGGACUUCAAAGCCUACCUUGCGUCAUCAAGUGACGAAGAGAGCGACCGUGAGAUUGAGGAGACUGGAGACAAGAGAGAAACUGAAGAUGACAAGAUAGCCAAGUACAAGGAGCUUCUCGAGGAGAUCAACCGGAAUGAACGGGAAGAGGAAGGAGAUCAGGACAUGGAAAUUACUUGGGAAGUUGGUUUGAAGGAAAGUGCCGAGGAAUUGGUAAAGCGAAAAAAAGAUGAAAAGGAACGAAAGGAGUUAACGCCUUGGGAGAGUUAUAAAAACGAGAGGAAGCGAAAAAGGAAGAUGAAACAGCAGUGUAAAGAGAAAGAAGAUGAAAGCCAAUCAGCGGCCCAGCUGAGCGACGAUGAACUUCCGGCUGAUGUUGACCUGAAUGAUCCAUAUUUUGCCGAAGAACUGAAGAAAACUGAAAGUGAUGCGCCCACGAAGGAGAAAGAUCGUCGACAAAAAAAGAAGGGAAAACGAAAAGAAGACCAGGAAACGGAGGAAGAUAAGCGAAGAAAGGCUGAGUUGCAAUUACUCAUGAUGGAAGAGGAUGAUGGUAAAAAGCAUUUCAAUCUCAAAUCCAUUAUGAAAAACGAAAAAUCUAAAAAGAAACGGAGGAAAAAACAACAGGAAACGGAGCAAGAUGAUUUUAAAAUUGAUGUCAACGAUAGUCGAUUUUCCGCUGUCUAUUCCUCGCAUCUUUACGCUGUCGAUCCAUCCGAUCCACAAUUCAAAAAAACUAAAGCAAUGGAGUCGAUAAUUCGUGAAAAACAGCGACGCUCGAACAAAAAGGACGAGGAGUCGACGAAUAUAGCUACCUCAAAUGCUGUGGAAACUACAGGGAAAAAGGCCACAGUCGAUCCUAGUUUAUCUGCUCUUAUCAAAAGUGUGAAAUCAAACGCUGGAAAAUACAGAGACAAUAAAAGCAGGUCGAAGACACGUAAAAAAUAACUAUUCACUAGAGGCCGGUGUGUAAUUUCAUCGUACA